AUGUUGAAAGGACACUCAAACUAUAAGUUUACACCAUCAAACUCUCUGUCUCGAAAGAGUCAUAGUCUCGAAUUCUUUAUACUUUUGACUCAAAACAGUAUACAAAAGUUUGAAGCGGUUAAUGAACAGAUAGAAUUAAGUAAGUCAAGCAGCAGAAUCAUCUCACUCUUGGUUGAACAUGAAUACUUUUUAAUGUUGAGCAAACUUAAUAUAAAGAAAGUUUGUAAAGCACUUUUUGAGCAGCAGAUGAUAUCAUUUAAACGACUAAUGACCUUCUUACAGCACAGUGACAUUGUAAAUUUUCCUAGAAAUAGUUCUUUUUUGAGAAGAAUUUCUAAAUGUAUCGGAAUUUACUUGAUAAACUUCACAUCGUAUUAUGAGAUGGAGAAUUAUCAAGUCACAUUUUUGAAAAUGUUCACUAACAGUGUGAUAGAAGUUUUUCAAAAGCUUCCUACUUUGGUUGAUCUUUGGUUCGAAUGUUUGGAGAAUGAUGCGUACAUUAAAAAUAUUCUAAAAACAAAAGGAUUUACUUUGGUAAAAUCCAAAUUUUUCACUUACAAAUGUUUUCCAGUUUAUGAUCUCAUUAGGAGCUUCAUAUUCAUUGAUGAAGACGAACUUCAAUUCAAUAUUUUAACCCGAUUACUUGAUAUAAAAAGUAACACUUUGAAUGUCUGGCUCCAUGAUUAUUCAGACAUUUGCUCUAUAUUUAUUGAAAAAUUCACAGAUUCUUUUAAUCAUUCUUGCCUAGUGAAAGCUGAAGAUGACAAUUUCGAUAAAUUCUUGAUACUUUACUAUAACUGUCUCGAGUUUUGUUGCUCAAACAUAAAGACUACUCUAUUGGCAAACUUCGAGUCUCAAUUCGUUAAUGAAAUUCUUAAUAUGAAACUCAAUAACGUCUCGAUCAUGUAUAUUUUUAAAAUAUUAACAUUAAUGAUUCCAUUCAAUUUGAGCAAGAUUUCAUUAAGAUUAUUGCAGAGGGAGCAGUUUGAAAACCUUCUUAUUCAUAUUUCGAAUUACCUGUUUGAAUUCAGAAUAUUAUUGUUAGGAAUUAUUGAAAAAAUCAGCGAGUCAGAUGAAUAUCUCACCAUCCAUUUGUUUGGAAAGGAGGACAAAGAAACCACAAUAUGCAUCAAUGAUUUGCGUACUAUGCUAAUGAAAUCGUCUAAUUGCUCAUUUCCUGAAAUUCUCCCUAAGAUUUGCUUCGAAUCUUUGAAAGAUGCAAACCUUAUUACAUUCAACAUAUUCAACGAUCAGAUGGUGUAUUCUAGAGCAAUAUUAUUAUGUCUUUUGGGAUUUUAUCAUAAUGAGCAUGAGAUUGAUUUAGUUCUAGUUACCAUAAUUAUUAGCUUGCAGAGGAAAACAAAUCUAACCAAUAAUGCAAAAUUUAGACUAAUUAUCGAAUUUUUGUUUGAAGCGCAACAAACUUAUCGUGAAAUGUUUCAGCAAUUUGAAGAAGAGAAAUACAAUACUAUGACCAGUUUUAAAGAGCGGACUUAUGAGGUUUUACGUCCUACCAAUAACCUUUUGGAUAAAUUGAAUCUUGGAGAGCCUGACCAGUCAUCCAUGGUAACUUAUGAGGACCUUCAAAAAAAGAUUGAUUUAUUUGAAAGUCUUCUAAUGAGAGUUUAUGCAACCGGAAAACUCAAAAAGAUUAUGAGUUGCAAAUUCGAGUCGCUUGCUCGAAGCAAAACAGAAUUGGUGUAG